GCUCCGUGGUUGAGCACUUCAGUGUCCCUUGCCGCCCGCCCCCAGCAAGCAUUCGCUUUUGUCCCUUGCGCUCAAGGCAAGGCUUCGAGCUCAUCGCUCAAACUUGCAACGCGCUUCUCUUCCCCGAUCAUCGUCCGUCCACCUUUCGCCGUUGCUGGCUGAUCAACACCCCCCUCGCUGCCGCUUCUUGGUUUGAUCGACUUCUCUGCCAGCCAUGAAGAAGGUGGUGAUGAAGCUCGAUUUGCAUGACGAUAAGCAGAAGCAGAAGGCUCUCAAGUCUGUUUCCAGCCUCCAAGGGAUCGACCACAUGGACGUGAACAUGAAGGACAACAAGAUGACGGUGAUCGGCACCGCGGACCCCGUCGACGUGGUGACCAAGCUGCGCAAGCUCUUCCCGGCCGCCAACAUGUUCUCCGUCGGCGAGUGGCCGGAGAAGAAGGACGGCGACAAGAAGGACGGGGACAAGAAGGACGGGGACAAGAAAGACGGCGACAAGAAGGACGGCGACAAGAAGCCGCCGGCGCCGCUCUACUACAAUCCCUACAUGUACCCGCCCUACUCGUACCCGCAGCCGCAGCACCACCCGCAGUACUUCGUCCGCAGCGCCGAGGACGACCCCAACUCCUGCGUCAUCUGCUGAUCUGAUCGUCCGUCCAUCAGGACGAUAUAUAGCUCCAACUACUGGUGCUUGAUUGUACAUUUUGUUUUUCUUAGCUUGCUUGCUUGUAGUACUAGUAGCUCGCCGGUGAUCACCGACCGGGACCUUCCCCGCUGCUGCUGAUAGUGCUAAGGUAGUUGGUGGUUGAUAUACUUCAAACACACCGGUAUAAUCUGGUACAGUAACGGCCUGCCUUGUAUAUUGGCCGUGUAAGCAGGGUUUGAGAUUGAGCACUCUUUUGAGAUUUCUAGCACACGAAUACUAUUUUGGGCCUGACCGAAAGGUCCUGUUUUGAACAAAUUUCGUACUAUGAAAGUAAUGAUGAUGAGGUUUGACCA